AUGGUGACCUGCACGACACAGUAUACAUGCGACAACCUCCAUAAUUUGUCGAUUCGCAAUUUCCUCACCAUGUCUGCAAACUACACAAAUCACUCUACAGCCUCAAACAAGCUCCUCGCCAAUGGUUUCAGAAACUCACAGACUUUCUUCAAAAUUUUGGAUUCAGGUAAUGAUGAACAGACUCUCGACCUUCUUCUAAAACAACUGCAAUCUCACUUCGCACUCAAGCAGCUCGGGAAUGUAUCAUUGUUUCUCGGCAUUCAGAUUCUCAAAACUUCCACAGCAUCCGAGGCAGAUCAAGCAUUUCACGACCUGCACAUGUAUCGCCAGCUUGCAAGUUCUCUUCAGUACCUAUCCAUAACUCAUCCAAACAUCGUGUUUGCUACAAAUCGAACAUGCCAAUAUAUACACGCUCUAAUAGUUGGUCACAAUCAAGCUCUAAAACGUAUUCUUCGCUAUGUUAAAGGCACAUUACACUUCGGGUUACCCAUUGAUCCUGGAAAUCUUCAGCUACGCACCUAUGUCGACGCCGAUUGGGCAUCAGAUAUACUUGACCGGAAAUCUAUAUCUGGAUUCUACACCUUUCUUGGCCAAACCUUGAUCUCCUGGUCGUAA